AUGCGUUCCCGGAGACGCCUCAGCGCCAGGAACCACCAAAUCACCAGCGAAUCCUCUUCUACUUCCCCCAUCGACACCGACAAUGAUGGACUUUUCGAGCCCGAUUCCUCCGAGACCGAUCUCACCGAGCCGGAACGUGCAUCUCCAGCGCGUCAAAAGACCACUCCGAAGAAGUCAAGUCCAAGCCCCGAAGUCAAGUCGUUACACGCAGCCCCUUCGAAUGUGGAACGUGUCCGCCCGGCUCGAUACCAGGUUCCGGAUGAUGACACGGAUGAGGACCUGGCCCAGGUACCGGAGGACUACGGCCGGUUCAAUCAAACGAAGAAGCUGAAACUUCGACUGAAAGAGCGCUGGGCUUGGUACUGCGAAAUGAAGGCAAGAGAGCCGUCCUCUGAUCUGAAGUGGGAGGAUGCCGAGGAUGCCCUACGUGAGGCGUCUCCAAAUGACAUGCAUCGAUUUCUGAAUUGGUGUCUGAAGCUGGAGUACAGUCCCGAUGGUCGCCGUCAGAAAGGCUACACGAAGGCCAGCUCCCUUGAAGCGGAUUGGAAGUACUUUCGAAUAUACUACACACGAGUGACUAAAUGCGAGAUGAGCAAAGAGAUGGGUGAGGCGGUUCGCACGGGCAUGAGAUACUUGGUGGAUAAGCGUGGGCUUGAUAAACAGCCGCGGGCCAAUGUCCCCGUUUAUAUCGAAGACAUGAUUCCAUUCAAUGAGACAAUACUUCAAACUCGUGAAAAGCGGUUUCACUUGGGAUUUCAGCGCAUUGUUCUAUGUCUCUACAACACCAUUGGCUUGUUUACCAUCAACCGAAAGCAGGCAAUGCUUGAUCUUCAGUUUAAGCAUCUACAUCUAUCACUCCAGCGGGAUCCGCAUGGAGGGCCUCCGGUGCCGAUGAUAGAACUCGAGCCCCAGUUUGUGAAAAGUGUCUUGGGCAUGUCAAAACUAAACACGUUCGCGCUACCUGAAAUCGUCUACGGGGUAUCGCUUGUCUUCAGCCCGCAUGUUCUGCUCUUCAGCAUAUUAUUCUACGUUCACGCCUUUGAAGCGCCCCACUUGACUUCGAUGGAAGACCUUCGAAGGCUGCUUAUUGAAGGGGACCGACAAGAAAUGCUAUUACCCUUGAAGAAAGAGAUGGAUGAUUACUAUGUCUUUCCGAAGGUCGAGGUAAUUUGUGGCCAGCCCCAGAUCAUGUGGGAGACUCCUAUGAAUGGUGGCACACUCGACGCACAGCUCAGGACAUUCAGUGAGAUACAUGGCUUUCUAAAUCAUUUUUUCUCUCAUCAAUUCCGAUACGGAGGGGGUGACCUACUUGACAAGAGUGGUUUCGUUAGUGAAGCACAGUGCAAUGUGAUCAUGGCCCACGCCACUAGCAGAACGUUUAUCAAACAUUAUCGCCCCCGUCGGCAUACUGGCUUACAAGAGAUCAUGUGCGGCAUCAACCCCGACGAAGAGUUCUCAAAGGCUGUAACCCGGAUGAGCCGCUGGAUUGAUCGGCGGCGGCCACGAUACCUGAGCGACGCUGACCGGCAGGAAGUGGAGAAGGACCCUGAAUUGCAAUCAGCCGUGCGCUGGCAAGUCGAAUUAGAGACCCAGUGUGAUGACCGCUCUCACGACCCAGCAUUGCUGGAGGACCAGAAGCGCCAAGUCCACAAUCUACGUCGGCGUCUGCAGGAAAAGCGACGGAAAGAAAUACGUCGUGAUUUCAGUCGGAAACAGGCGGUAGCUGACAUAGAAAGACAGUUGACCGGCGGGGCUGUCAGUGAUGAGCCUGCGCGCGAAGUAUUACGGAAUGAGUUUGCAAUGCCGUCGGAGCAGAUUCUCCUAGUGGAAACAUUCUUCACUUGGCCCACCACCGAUUCACUAGAAGAUGAGUGGACGCGGCGCAACAGAGCUGUGGCCGCUGCAAUCCAAUAUUGCGGCUUCCAGGAGGGUGGACCCCUUCGAGGACGACGCAAACGCUCUGCACCAUCCGACAAUGAGAAUGUCGUUCCCCCUCCGCCAGCUCGAAAAAUCAAAACUGCUAUUACGCCGAAAAAGUCGGCCGAGAACGGAUAUUCCUCUGACGGGGAAGAUAUUCCGAACGUGAGGCAAACUCUCACAUGCUUCCAAUGUCCCAAGGCUUACUCAGAUUACAAUGGAGUGAAGAGGCAUUUCAAGGACUCGCACUUGAUGGACCGAAGAUGUAAUUUUUGCGAGCUAUCUGUGUUGCAUGAGAUGCACUUGCGGAGGCAUGCCUCUGAAGCUCAUGGCCUUCGAACAUGA